AUGGCGGCUGUGUGUUUCUCCUUGAGGCGCUCUGGAGCAGCGGCCGCGCGCGCUUCGGCCCUGACCGCGAGCGCCCGGUAUGCGCAGACAGCAGCAGCCGUUCAGCCAAACAUCAAGACGUUCCAGAUUUACCGCUGGGAUCCGGAUAAGCCCGGGGACAAACCGCGCAUGCAGACGUAUGAGAUCGACCUGAAGACCUGUGGGCCGAUGGUGUUGGAUGCUCUGAUUAAAAUAAAGAAUGAGAUCGAUCCUAGUCUCACCUUCAGACGAUCCUGCAGAGAAGGUAUCUGCGGUUCGUGUGCGAUGAACAUUAACGGUGGAAACACACUGGCGUGUCUGAACAAGAUCGACACUGACACCAGUAAAGUGAGCAAGAUCUACCCUCUGCCCCACAUGUACGUGGUUAAAGACCUGGUACCGGACAUGAAUAAUUUUUAUGCUCAGUAUAAGUCUAUCGAGCCGUAUCUGAAGAGGAAGGACGAGAGUCAGCAGGGGAAGGAGCAGUACCUGCAGAGUGUAGACGACCGACAGAAACUGGACGGUCUGUACGAGUGUAUCCUGUGUGCGUGCUGCAGUACCAGCUGUCCCAGUUACUGGUGGAACAGCGAUAAGUACUUGGGACCCGCAGUGCUGAUGCAGGCGUACCGGUGGAUGGUGGACUCUCGUGAUGAGUACACCGAGGAGCGUCUGUCUAAGCUGCAGGACCCGUUUUCUCUGUACCGCUGUCACACCAUCCUGAACUGCACUAAGACCUGCCCCAAGGGUCUGAACCCCGGGAAGGCCAUCGCUGAGAUUAAGAAAAUGAUGGCGACGUAUAAGGAGAAGAAAUCAGCCACUGCGUGA